CGCAAGAUGGAGAGAUUAGAUCUGAAUGAAAUCUCGGCGCCCACUGCAUCCGCAGCUGGUCUGCCAUUGGAGAUAGCAUCCAUUUAUCGUAAUAUCAUCGGUAAUAUGUACCUAAGCCCGAAAGUCAUUCGGUUCUUAAUUUUUAAAGAAUGUGUUGAUAAGCUAAGUUGUGAGACCUACAGACAAUACAUGGAACGCUUACGUGGAAAUUCAUUCAGUAAUAAGGAAUGGAAAGACGCUUGUCGAACCUCUCGGCAAGUUUUGGAAACUGAUCGAAAUCCUGAUAAAUUAGACGUCACCGAUCUUUCGUGUUUACUUGAAAACAUUCUCGUUUUACGUGAGAAUAACGGCACUAGGGAUUUCUCCGAGGUGCUCAACAAGGUGCGCGUCGUCAAAAAUCUUCGAAAUGAGAUUAUGCACAAAUUUGAAGCAAUGGUGGACCCACGAAAAUUUAUUGACCUGACGGCAGCCCUGUUAGAAUUGAUAAGAGAAGCCGGAAGGUUUUAUUCUCUUCUUCCUGCCGAGGUUGAGGCUGAAGAAAAAGUUCUGAACUCCGAAAUAGCAAAUUUGCUGGUUAUCGAUAAAACUAGCCUUUUUUACUGUUGUUCGAGGCUGGCUAUGUUUGGGAAGCAAGCCGUAAGACUACUGUGGGAGGCUAGGCUUACAAGUGAAGUGCUCAUUUUGAGCAAUGUUAAAGUGCAGCGUCAGGCCGUUUUCCACGCUCUCGAAUUGAUGGUGAGGGCAAGCGCUGGCGGAAAAGUCAUUCCAUACACCGAAAUUUUUGAAACUUCUGAAAAAUUCCUCGUAGUAACUGGUGUCGCUGGUGCCGGUAAGACAACUCUUGUCCAAAACAUUGUACUUCAUUUUUUCGAACUGCAGGAAGGGGAUGCUGAUUACUUGAGACCAAUUAGCCAGGUCGUUCUGUUCGAGUGCAGGGAUAGAUACUCGGAAACUCUGAGUGAUGUAAUCGAGCAACACUUUGAAGAUCUGUGCAGCGACUUCGGUAAUAAGAUUGUUCUCAAGGCCCUCUUACGUCUCGAUGUCUUAUUUAUUAUCGAUGGUUUUGACGAAGUUCACGAUAUUUCUCUGAAAGUAGUGGCGGAAAUCCUGGCCAAGACGUGGCGAAGUAAUUGUCGUGUAUUGAUUACCACCCGUCCACACGGCCUGAAGAAGUUACAGCCAAUUUUGCUUAGCAAAAAUUGCUGCUUCUCUGAGUUCGAGAUCAUGCCGCUCGCAAAACUUGAAGACCAGCUCGCAUUUUUGAGAAGGUACGAAGAGUCGUUGAGUGAGUUCAGCCAAGUUGGAGAAAUGGCAAGAAGUUUCUCUUCGUUGAAAGAAGAUGUCCGAAGUUUGUUCACAGAACCCAUAAACUUGAUGCAUUUCUGUGACGUGUAUAAGUACAUGCCUGAAAAGAUACCCUCAUGGCAAACACCAGGGGACGUGGCUCGUGACAUUCUCAGCUUAUACAAGAGACUCGUCGAGAUAAAAUUGUUGGAUUCAAACUACUGUGAUUCAGAGGACAUGAUUGAGGAUCUGUUUGCUGUCAUCGGUUCCACAGCAUUAGAAUUGCUGCAUAACAACAUCGUAACUUUAUCUGAAGAAAAUUGCCAGUACCUAAAGCGACAGUGUAAACUUGUGCUCAAAAGAGCUAAUACGACCUGUAAAAUCGACCCAGAAAUUGUUCUAUCAGUAGUGCUUAAAAUGUGCAGGCCGUUAUCAGGUAAAAGGUUCGUAAGCUACUCCUUUCCCCACAAGACAGUCCAGGAAAUGUUCGCAGCUGAGAGCAUCGUAAGGCGUAUACAAGACAGCGGAGAUUCCAUCAACACUAUCCUCGGAAACAUGUCGAAGAAAAUAGCGCAGAACGGGGACCGAGAUUCGAGCUUUGCACCACUGAAGCGGACAGAACAGAACUCUGAGCAGAGACACCCUCUGCAACCGUGAGUAUUGUUUCUGUUGUUUGAACUGCAGUGAAUCACCUAAGAUGGCG